AGUAGAUGGUGAUGCAGCUAUAAAUUACGUUUGCGGUGAUUGACUUGGAAGUGUUCAGUUAACCAGGCUGUGAGUUGACAACGGGAUUUCAUGACGGAAUGUAACAACGAAUUUGUGAGAAUGACAAACUUGACUCUGUCGACAGAAGUCAUGACGGGGUACAACUGUUCGGCGCUUUACCGUCCGUCAUCUAACGAAUCAUUGCUCUGUACAGACUCGACUCUGACGGCCGAUGGUACUGGAGAAUCCCUUGCAUCUGCAGAGAUGUACCUUGUCCCAAUUAUAGCAGGGUUUGGCAUUGUAGGAAAUACUCUGGCGUUUAUUGUCUUCAGGCAUAAGUCAAUCCGAGAGAACUCCUCCAGUUUCUUUUUGGCGGUCAGAAGUUUGUCAGAUAUCGGUUUCCUAGUUACGCUUCUGAUUAUUUGGACGUCAUCCGUGUUUGGACUUUAUUUAAGCAGGAUCCUUCUAGUUUGCAAGACGCUUAUUUUUCUGUCUUAUGUGUUCGGAUGCUUGUCCGUUUGGCUGGUAGUAUUGGUAACAGCGGAAAACUAUAUUCGAAUAUGCAAACCGGCUUUGGUCAAAAUUGUUUGUAAAACUAGAAAUGCUAAACUGAUAUGUCUGCUCUUAGUUAUAUCCAUUUUAAUCAGUUACAGUUUUCCGUUUUGGACUAUGACCGAUGAUUGCACGCCAUUACACAUUCAUUAUGAAUUCGUUACGGUAAUGGUGUAUAUCGAUUCAGUGUUUACGUUAUUCCUGCCAUCGAUUGUCAUAUUAAUUUUAAUGGCGCAAAUUGCAGUGUCCCUAAUCAAUUCUAAUAAUCGUCGUAGGCGAUUGGGAAAAUUUCCAAUAGCCGGAAAAAUGAACAUUUUCACAAAAGUGACUCAAAUGCUUUUUGCUGUGACCUUGGUAUUUGUCAUCCUGAAUAUUCCAUCUCAUGUGGUCCGACUUCGUCUGGUGAUUGCGAGCUUUUUCAAGAACAGCCUUGCAAUCAGGACAUCAGACGCCAUCGCACAGUCCAUCGCAACUAUGCUUUACUACGCCUCCAUGGCCAUAAAUGUGAUAAUUUACUUAACGUUUGGGAGUCGCUUUCGUCAAGCCUUGGUUCGUAUCAUUCGAGGUGAGGAAUUCCGCACUAAUCGCCUGUGCCACGAACGAGAGAGAAUGACACGCAUGUCGAUGUCGAUGCAAACGAUUCCCACACAGUGUUCAACAAAUAACAAUUUGCUCAAUAUUGAAACAAGUAUGAAAAGAGCUCAUAGUGCUGAAAUCUAAUAAUUUGUGUAGAAUUCAAUGAUUGCAAUUUCUGCGAUGUCAUAUCUGAUUUUAUUUUAACUCUCGAAUUUACCAGCGCGAAAAAUCUAUCCAACUCAUUUUACUUUCGUGUUAUUGUAUUACUACAUUUUAGUAUCAAUUUUUAAUAAAUUUCAAUUCUGAGUGUUAUU